AUGAAGGUCACCACCAUCCUCGCCGCCGCCGCCCUCACCCUCACCGUCUCAGCCAAGUCCCCCCUCCCCCCACCCCGCCCCCUCCUCGAAGGCACCGUAAACUCGGACCGCGACUGCAAGAAGUCAAUCACAAAGUGGACCAUUGACGAGAACGCCCACGACCGCUGCGUCGUCUUUGACGAGGAGCUUGAGGGUGUCGAGGACUAUGCUGUCAAGUCUCUCAGGGUUGAUGCUCUCAACAACGACAAGUGUGGACUCUGGGUUUACAGUGACCAUGGAUGCCACAUGGCUGCUCGCAGGGUUGAACCCAAGACUUGUGUGGUUGCCGACCGUUGGGGAUGGCGAUCUUAUGCCAUCUUCUGCCUCUAG